AUGAUGGAGUUUGACACCCUGGUGCUCCGUCCGGCUGCGGGCGUGGCCGGCGACGAUGAAUACGACAGCGACAUGGAGACGGAAUGGAUCCGGACGCCGUCCGUGGACAGCCUAGCGGACGAGGACGAGAUCCAGGUAGACCCGAACGGGGACCUGCUGCUGCACGUCGGGAUCGACCCCUCGUCCGGCGACACGAAGUCGUUCCGCGUAUGUUCCAGCACGCUACGGCGGGCGUCACCCUUCUGGAAAAGAACGCUUCAUGAGACGUCGCCCGAGACGGAUAGGUUUCGAGACGACGGGGAAUGGUGGGCUUGCACCCCGUCGCUCUACGCGUGCCAGUACGACAAGUCGGCGGGGCUCGCCAUGCUCCUCGACAUCAUUCACUCCAGGUUCCACCAGGUCCCGGAAGAUCCCACGCUCGCCGAGGUCUACGGCACGCUGUGCCUGGCGAGCAUGUACGAGAUGGAGCGAGUCCUGCAGCCGUGGCUGGCGCAGUGGUACGGGGCGCUGAAGAAGGCGGAAACCAGCCGGGACGGGCGCGACCUGGGGAUGCUUGCGUGCCUGGCCUGGACGUUGGGCGACGAGAGGCUCUUUGCGAGGACGAUGGUCAAGAUCGCGCUCACCUGCGUCGUCGACGACGAAGGGCGCACGAGGACGGCCGACGGGGUUCGUUUGGACGACUAUAUCCACGACUCUCUUGGCUCGCCUGUGAUCUCUGAAAGCAUCCGCACGCUGCGGAACCAACUGGCUCUGGACCUGCCAUCACACCUCAACAGCCUCGUCAGCAGGUUGAUAGACGGCAAGUGGCUGUGUGUCGGCAUCUCCGACAUCCCCAUCACGCGGGACAAGAAGUGCGACUACGUCGUUCUGGGCAGCGUGUUCGCGGGGCUGGUGUAUGUCCGGGGCGCCAGGACGACGGAGGUGGCGAUCGGGCCGGGCGAGAGCGUCAUGGACCUGCUCAAGUCGCUGAAGCGGGUGCUGUCGUACGUGAUGUGCUACGAGAAGCACCCGGAGUGCAACCCCGCGGAGAGGAUCGCGGACGCCAUGAGAAAGACAGUCGACGAGAUGGAUUUGCCGUUGAGCACGGAGUGCAUCCAGAGGAUGAGGGAACAGCGCCAAAGGUUCGGCCUGGAGCAGAAAGACGAGGGAUUGCCAAUUGUCGAGCGAGGCAGCGAGUACUGGAGUUGCUCUUCAGCCUGCAUGGAGAUUGGGUCAGCAUCGCCAUAG